AUGGCGUCGCACGAACAAUCCACAGAGAGCAUUCAGCUCCAGGAUCAACCAACACAAGUGACCAACGACAGCUCAGACACCCCGAGCGAGACUUUUGCUCUUCCACCUGUCGAUGGCGGUCGCGAUGCUUGGUUUUGUUUAUUCGGCUGCUUCAUCAUCGAGUCUCUAGUCUGGGGCUUCCCCGCCUCAUUCGGCAUCUUUCAAGAGUACUAUACUUCGCACGCCCCAUUCUCUGAGCACUCCUCGGGCAUCGCCGCCAUCGGAACCACCUCACUUGGAAUCAUCUAUCUCUCUGGACCUCUAAUGUUCGGUGGACUUGCAUACUGGCCACACCUCAGGAAGCGUGCGACAUAUGCAGGCUUGGCGUGCAUGACAAUCUCCCUGGUGGCCUCCUCUUUCGCGAACGCUGUCUGGCAGCUGCUUCUCACACAGGGUGUGUUGUAUGCCGUUGGCGGCUCGCUCCUCUACAGUCCCACGGUUACGUAUGUCGACGAGUGGUUUGUACGACGCAAGGGUUUGGCUUAUGGUGUCAUGUGGGCUGGCAGCGGGUUCGCUGGAGCAUCAAUCCCUUAUCUCAUGUCGUGGGUUCUGGAUCGCUGGUCAUUCCGCACAGCUCUCAGAAUGUGGGCAAUUGUACUGGUCCUGCUAGUCCUGCCUUUCCUACACUUCACGCGACCUCGCGUGCCGAUCAACUCGGCAUCAUCUGCUCCACGCCCUCGCUUCAACCUGUCCUUUCUCAAGUCGAGGUUGUUCAUCAUCUACAGCUUGGGCAACGGGAUUGAGGGACUGGGUUAUUUCUUGCCCAGUAUCUGGCUUCCUACCUAUGCGCGAUCCAUUGGCUCCUCCAACACUAUCGCAACUGCCACUCUGGCCUUGCUGAAUGCGUCGGGCGUGCUUGGCUGCAUCAUCCUGGGGUUGAUUAUCGAUAGGACGCACAUCACGACGGCCAUUCUCCUCUCCACAAUCGGCGCUUUGCUCUCAGUGUUCAUCUUCUGGGGACUCGCAUCGUCGACCGGAAUGCUUCUCGCCUUUGCAAUCACUUACGGCUUUUUCGCUGGCAGUUUCAGCACUACAUGGAGUGGCAUCAUCAAGGAAGUCAUGGCGUCGAAUGCAGAAACACAUCCCAGUCUCGUCUUUGGAUUCUUGGCUAUGGGAAGGGGAAUCGGCAGUAUUUGCUCUGGUCCCAUGAGUGACGCUCUGGUGCGCAUGACGUCUUCAAGCGGAAGACACACGCUGGGAUAUUCGUCCGACUAUAAUUUGCUCAUCAUCAUGACUGGUGUUACUGCCGCUGUUGGCGGUUUGAGUUGGGGUGCGCGAAGGUUGACGUUGGUCUGA